CAUUUUGGUAUCUUAUUUUCUCUUCAAUUCAAUUCAGGUCUAGUUAAUCUCUCUAUUCAGUAUCAUGCAGAAGCGCCUAGUUGAUCCAAUUAGAGGAGAAAUAAGUGAUUCACUAGUAGAGUCAGUUUCCAUUACAUCAAUCUUCCCACCCUACAGCUCUGACACUGAAAGUGAGACUAGUUCAGAAUCUAAUGAAUCACCUCGACGAUUCUCUUUUUCCAUAGAGACAUUCUUCCCACCACACAGGUCUCCAAGUCGUUCAGAUAGUUCUGAAAAUUAUGAAGAAAUAUUUCCGAUUGAUCCUUUCGUAUCAACAAGCUCUACACGCACGCUCCCAACACUAGUAAGCACGAUGUUGGAUACGGGUGUGCAAGUACCGAACUGCACCGAUCCUCUGUCCCGAAACCAACUAAGCCGCACUGCCCCACAAGCUGAACAACUGAACCGAAGCCUUCAAUCGGAGAAGAUGGAUGAUUCUGACGCCGGUGUGGUACGCUCAUCAGAGAUAGAUGUUGUAUUCCGAAGCUAACCGAACCGCACCAAUAUAUAUAUGCGCACAGGUAGAGAUCUAGAGUUACAGAAUUUAGAGUCCGUUUAGUUGGGAGGAUGAAAAAGUGGGAGGAUAAAAAUGGAGAGGGAUUGCAAAAAUGGGUAGAUAGAAAAGAUUUAGUUUUUCCUCCGUGUGUUUGGUUGAGGGAGUGGAGAAGUAGAGAGAUAGAAAACUCUUUUGUUUG